CCGGUGGGCGAAGGGCCGGAGGAGGAGGAGGAGGAUGACGGCCGAGCUACAGCAGCAGGGCCAGGAGGAGCGGGCCGCGGCCGGCGGGGCAGCGCAGGCCUGCAGUUUGCUCCUAAGCCAGCUGAAGGAGAUCACGGGCAUCCACAAUCCGCAGUUCCUCCAGGCGGCACUGACGGCUGCCGAUGGAAACCUAAUGCAGGCGGUUGGCUUCCUCACCAAAGUCAGUGACGGAGAGUCCGAGGGAGACCCCGCUGCUUCCGACUCUGAGGGAAGGGAAAGACAGGCCACCACUCAGAAUGAAGCCCCACAAGAUCAUGGCGAUAUUCAGGAACCCCUUCCUUCUGGCAGCCAAGAUUUCUCAACCGAGAAGAAGGACUUUGCUGCAACCACGAAUGCAGCCCACGAGCCCAGCGUAGCCGAAAACAAAAACCGUUCCAAAAGGAAACGCUGUGAAGUUUGGGGAGAGAACACCACUCAGCGGGACUGGAGGAGGGUCAGCGGAUGGCCGGUUGGGAUGAAGAACAUUGGAAACACCUGCUGGUUCAGUGCAGUCAUACAGUCUCUCUUCCAGCUGCCAGAAUUCCGGCACCUGGUCCUGAACUAUUCCCUGCCCGAAGCCGUCCUGGACAACUGCCGCAGCCGAAGUGAAAAGAGGAACAUCGCAUUCAUGCAGGAACUCCAAUAUCUCUUUGCUUUAAUGCUGGGAACACGCCGCAAAUUUGUAGACCCGACAACGGCCCUCGAACUUCUCAAAGGGGCAUUCAGAUCUCCCGAGGAACAACAGCAAGAUGUGAGCGAGUUCACCCACAAACUCCUGGACUGGCUGGAAGAUGCUUUCCAACUGACAGUGGAGGCCGAGAAUUCCCAGGACAAAUCGGAGAACCCCAUGGUCCAGCUUUUUUAUGGGACUUUCCUAACCGAAGGAGUUCACGAAGGGAAGCAGUUUUCCAAAAUCGAGACCUUUGGCCAGUACCCCCUGCAGGUCAACGGCUACAAGAACUUGCAGGAAUGCUUGGAAGGAGCCCUGGUGGAGAAGGAGAGCGAGCCAGGCCCUUCCAAGCAGGCACUGACCUACACACAAGAGCGCUGGUUUACAAAACUCCCCCCAGUCCUGACCUUUGAACUUUCCCGUUUUGAGUUCAAUCAAUCCCUUGGGCAGCCGGAGAAGAUUCACAACAAGCUAGAAUUCCCGCCAGUCAUUUACAUGGAUAGGUUUAUGUAUGGCAAUAAGGAAAUUAUUCAAGCAAAAAGAGAAGAGAUUGGAAAACUGAAAGACCAGAUGACGGCUCUACAGCAGCAGUUGGAAAAGUACCUGAGAUACGGCUCUGGCUCCGACCGCUUCCCCUUGCCGGAUAUGCUGCAGUCUGUUCUUGAAUUUGCAAGGACCAAGCUGUCCUGCGCAGCGACUCUGACAACAGCAGAAACUAAGGCCGAAAAAGAACCCUCGGAAACCCAUCCCGAGCCAAGCAGGUGCCCAGGGGAGACGUCAGAAGAGCCUGUUCCUCCUCGGGCCGUCUCCGCAGAUGAGAUGAGCCUGGUCAUUUCCUGCCUGCAGAAGUGGAGGGAAGAAGUCGAGCAAGAUAUAGAAGACUUGAAGACUUCCAUGCUGAUGCUUUCUGAGUCCAUGGAUGAUGUCUAUGCUGACCCUCAACUCUGCCAGGUCCCUUAUCACUUGCAUGCUGUGUUGGUCCACGAAGGCCAGGCCAACGCUGGCCAUUACUGGGCCUACAUCUACAGCCUGCCUCAGAAGACGUGGCUUAAAUACAACGACAUCGCCGUGGCUGAAUCCUCCUGGGAGGAACUCGAAAGGGAUUCGUUUGGCGGCUUGAAAAAUGCUAGCGCCUAUUGCCUCAUUUAUGUUAGUAAAAAGCUACCACACUUCGCAGCAGCUUAUGACGAUGGACAACCGGAGAGAGAAGUAGAAGUGCUGCCUCUGGAACUUCAACGCUACAUCGAAGAAGACAACUGGAGGGUAGAACAGGAGAUGGCCGAGCUGGAAGAGCAGUCCUGCAAAAUGGCCCAGAUGGAGCAAUCCUCUGAACCUCUGGAGUCCCAGAGCUUGUCUUCCGACUCAAGUCAAGAACGCUCCUUCCCCCGCGAGUGUGGGCCGCAUUCGCUCUCCUCCGAGCACGCCGUGAUGGCCAAGGAGCAGACUGCCCAAGCCAUCGCCAAGGCGGCCGACGUCUACGAGAAGGAUGGCAUCCCGGCUGCUCUUGACCAGCCCAAGGAGGCAGAUGCAGAGAAGGACCCCUCAGAGGAAGCCGUCCCCACGCCGCAGGCAGAAGAGCCCCCGGAAGCGGAGCGGAGGGAGCCUUCUGCCCCGCCCAGCUCUCAAGUCUCGGAAGUGGAGAUUCCCAGUGUGGGGAAGAUCCUAGUUAGAUCGGAUGCGGAUGGCUAUAACGAGGAGGUGAUGCUAAGCCCCGCCAUGCAAGGGGUGAUCCUGGCCAUUGCUAAAGCUCGCCAGACCUUUGAUCGCGAUGGGUCUGAAGCAGGGCUAGUCAAGGCAUUCCAUGAAGAAUAUUCCAGACUGUACUCCUUGUCGAGAGAGACCCCAACACCCCAGAAUGACCCCCGCCUUCAACACGUCUUAGUUUACUUGCUGCAGAACGAUGCCCCCAAGCAGGUGGUGGAACGGACCCUACUGGAGCAGUUUGCGGACAAAAACCUCAGCUACGAUGAAAGGUCCAUUAGCAUUAUGAAGGUGGCCCGAGAAAAGCUGAAAGGAAUUGGCCCAGAUGAGGUAGACAUGGAAGAGUACAAGAAAUGGCACGAAGACUACAGCUUGUUCCGCAAGGUGUCCGUUUAUCUCUUGACGGGGUUGGAGCUCUAUCAGAAAAACCAAUACUGCGAGGCCCUGACCUACCUGGUGUACGCUUACGAGACCAACACCGUCCUGCAGGCCAAAGGAACCAGCCGGGGUGCGGACUCCUCUCUGAUCGCUCUUUACAGAAGGAAGUGCCUCUUGAGGCUGAACGACGCUGCAGCCGCCCUCUUCGAAAGCAACGACGGGAAGGAAGUGGACGAAGGGGUGAGCGUCCUGAACGAGCUCAUCAUCCCCUGCAUGCACCUGAUCAUGAGCAACCACGUCUCCAGAGACGACCUGGACGCCAUCGAAGUCAUGAGGAACCGCUGGUGUGCCUACCUGGGAAAGGACGUGGGUGAGAAGUUGCAGAUGAAGCUGGGCGAGUUCCUGCCCCGCCUGCUGGAUUGUUCCCCGGAAGGGGUGGUUCUCAAAGAGCCCCCCAAGAUCCGCCCCAACUCACCCUACGACCUCUGCAGCCGAUUUGCAGCUGUGAUGGAGUCCAUUCACAGGGCCUCAGCGGUGGCCGUGAAAUAAGAGCGGCCAGCUCUCUCGGCUCAAGCCCCGCAGGCCCCCUGAGCCCCCACCCCCCACCCCAGGAGCGGAAUCCGGUUGCCAGACGACUCUGGGGAAGGAUGGAUCCUCGAGGGACAGGGGGGCUGCGCUGAAAGACUCCUCCUUCCGCCCGAACAGCUGUGCAUGUCUAGGAAAGAGGUGGCAGGGGUGGGGGUCUCGGACAUGCCCUAGUUGCAUGCAGGCAUGGAUUUUGGAAGACCCACUUGUUAAUUAUUGACUUUAGUUCCUGCAAGGAGCUUGUGGGGAGAGUUUUUAGGAGAAAUCUGCCCUUUUACACUAAGCGUUGUAUAUAGACAAUUCCAUUUUGCCAAGUUGGCGCUUGAUCGGGCCAGUGGUUUCAGGGGCUUCUUGAGCGCAUUCUGUGUGGACCCCGUGAACUUUUUAAAGGCACCUGCCACACAUGUUGAUCUCCCAACGGCACCGCUGGGCUCCAUGAAUGGUGCAAUUAAUUGGGAGGAGGACUGCAUGGAAAAUACUGGCAAGGGGCACUUGAUCCUUGCUGACCUUCAAGUACAGCAAGUUCGGGCAUAAGUCAAGCCAUCGGCAGGGGGUUAAAUAACACACAGGAUAGAUCUGGGUGAAGGAACCUUAAUUGUAAACAAGGUUUUCUCGCAGUGAGUCAAUGCACGUGUUAGCAGUCCCUCUGCUCUCUUAGGCAGCCAUUCUUACGGGUGAGCCACUUGGCAUGCAGCUGUUGCCCUGGCUGCUGGUUUAAGCACUGGCAUUUGUGCCAGGGGAGGAGGAAGAGGAGGACAAAACUGCAGAACCAGCAGAAGGCUGAGAUUGGAAGCCGCUUCCUUGAACCUUCCCCCAAAUAAUUUUUUGAACGUCAAAUCACCAAAGUUUAAUUACCAGGGUAGUAUUGGCAAAGUAUGCACUGAAGUCAGGACAAAACCAAGCUGCAUAAGUCACACUUUUAAUGGUUAUAUUUUUUUCCUCAAGAUCUUUUAAAGCAAUCUGUUUUUUAUUAGAAUGCUAACAAAUUGAGAUGGGAAAUACAAAUCUGAUGAGAUUUCUGGUUUCAAAGUGCAAUAAAUAUUACCCUACUUAAA